AGCAUGCAACGCCGACACACCACGCUGAGGGAGAAGGGUCGCCGUGGCCCAGCCUACAUGUUCAGCGAGCGGGGAACCAGCCUCACAGCUGAGGAGGAGCGGUUCCUGGACGCUGCUGAGUACGGAAACAUCCCGGUGGUGCGCAAGAUGCUGGAGGAGUCCAAGACGCUCAACGUGAACUGCAUGGACUACAUGGGCCAGAAUGCUUUGCAGCUGGCCGUGGGCAAUGAGCACCUGGAGGUGACGGAACUGCUGCUGAAGAGGGAGGGGCUGGCGCGAGUGGGCGACGCCCUGCUCCUGGCCAUCAGCAAGGGCUACGUGCGCAUCGUGGAGGCCAUCCUGGCCCACCCUGCCUUCGAGGGCGGCCUGCGCUUUGCCCGGAGCACCCUGGAGCAGGAGCAGCGGGACGACGACUUCUACGCGUACGACGAGGACGGCACACGCUUCUCGCAGGACGUGACGCCCGUGAUCCUGGCCGCCCACUGCCAGGAGUAUGAGAUCGUGCACACGCUGCUCGUCAAGGGCGCGCGCAUCGAGAAGCCACACGACCACUUCUGUAAGUGCGCGGAGUGCAUGGAGAAGCAAAAGCAGGACUCCUUCAGCCACUCGCGAUCCCGUAUGAAUGCCUACAAGGGGCUCGCCAGCGCUGCCUACCUCUCGCUGAGCAGUGAAGACCCUGUGCUCACGGCCUUGGAGCUCAGCAAUGAGCUGGCCCUGCUUGCCAACAUCGAAACUGAGUUUAAGAACGACUACAGAAAGCUGUCUAUGCAGUGUAAGGACUUCGUGGUAGGAGUGCUGGACCUGUGCCGGAACACAGAGGAGGUGGAGGCCAUCCUGAACGGUGAUGUGGGCCAGAACUCACCCAGUGACCACAACCGGCCCUGCCUCAGCCGGGUCAAACUGGCUAUUAAAUACGAGGUCAAAAAGUUUGUAGCUCAUCCGAACUGCCAGCAGCAGCUUCUCACCCUGUGGUACGAGAACCUGUCUGGCUUACGGCAGCAGCCUAUCGGAGUGAAAUGUCUCACGGUGCUGGGCGUGAUGGUGGGUCUCCCUAUCUUGGCCAUUGCGUACUGGAUCGUGCCCUACAGCAAGCUGGGCCGAGUGCUCCGCAGCCCGUUCAUGAAGUUCGUCGCCCACGCCGUCUCCUUCACCACGUUCCUGGGCCUGCUGGUUCUCAACGCCUCGGAUCGCUUUGUAGGGGUCAAAAACCUACCCAACGAGACCAUCACUGACCACCCCCGGCAGGUCUUCCGAGUGAAGACCACCCAGUUCUCCUGGACAGAGAUGCUCAUUAUGAAAUGGGUGCUUGGAAUGAUCUGGUCGGAAUGUAAGGAGCUCUGGGAGGACGGCCCGCGCGAGUACAUCAUGCACCUGUGGAAUGUUCUGGACUUUGGAAUGCUGUCUGUCUUCGUGGCAUCGUUCACGGCGCGUUUCAUGGCGUUCCUGCUGGCCUCACGUGCGCAGCUGUAUGUGGACCUGCAUGUGACCAGCUCAGACCUGACCAAUGCCUCGCUGCCUGCAGACGUUGCCUACUUCACCUACGCGAGGAACCGAUGGCUUCCCUCUGACCCCCAGAUCAUCUCAGAGGGUCUCUACUCCAUUGCUGUGGUCCUGAGUUUCUCACGCAUUGCCUAUAUCCUGCCAGCCAAUGAGAGUUUUGGUCCAUUACAGAUCUCUCUGGGCCGCACUGUGAAGGACAUUUUUAAGUUCAUGGUCAUCUUCAUCAUGGUUUUCCUUGCUUUCAUGAUUGGCAUGUUCAAUUUGUACUCCUACUACCUGGGAGCCAAGUAUAAUCCUGCUUUUACCACGGUAGAGGAAAGCUUCAAGACACUGUUCUGGUCUAUCUUUGGUUUGAGUGAAGUGAUCUCUGUAGUCUUGAAAUAUGAUCACAAGUUCAUUGAAAACAUUGGCUACGUGCUGUACGGGGUCUACAAUGUCACCAUGGUGAUUGUGCUAUUAAACAUGUUGAUUGCCAUGAUUAACCACUCUUACCAGGAAAUUGAGGAGGACGCGGACGUGGAGUGGAAAUUUGCCCGGGCUAAGCUGUGGCUGUCCUACUUUGACGAGGGCAGGACUCUCCCUCCACCCUUCAACUUGGUGCCGAGCCCAAAAUCCUUCUACUACACAGGUUUACGAGCUAGAACGUGCCUCGUCAGGCUUUGCAAGGCCAAGCGCCGUCGUCAAGGCAGCCAGCAAGAUAUGGACAUGCCCACUUCUCAGGCAAAGUUCCGCAGGUAUGGACCAUACCGUGGCCAGGACCAAUACACGGUCAGAAAUCCCAUCAAACACCCAACCAGAUAUCAGAAGCUUAUGAAGCGCCUCAUCAAGCGUUAUGUACUGAAAGCCCAGACUGACAGUGAGAAUGACCAGAUCAAUGAGGGUGAGCUGAAGGAGAUAAAGCAGGACAUCUCUAGUCUGCGCUAUGAGCUUCUGGAGGAGAAAUCUCAGGCCACAGGGGAACUUGCUGACCUCAUCCAGCAGCUUGGUGAUAGGCUCAGUAAAUUGGCCAAGAAACCCUGAAGAAUAUUAUCCACUCU